CUAUCUUGCUCUUUAAUUGUUUUGUCAUGCUAGUCUUUACACAUUGCACACUACCUUAUUGACAAGCCGUUUCCCUGGUAGCCCACAAUUGCUGUCCCAGAUGACACCGUGCCCGGGUGCUAAUAAGCGGCAACUCUGUCAGAACCAAACGUCUACCUAGCUUACAACUAUUGGGCAAGGGUGGUGAUUAAAACGAGGCGAAUGGAACCACUUGAUCGUACGAGGUUGGCGAAGUCGGGCAAUAUAUAUUUGGAGAGCCUUCAUGUGCACCGUUGCCGGCUGAUCUACGCGGCGAGGGACGAUAUCGCACUUGGGGUUCAGGUGGCAGCUGUCUGUCUACCUGACUACCACCAACAAGGUCCCAAAUCAAUGCUUUUUGCCCUUCAUAACAACAACAACAAUAACAACAACGACGACGACGACGACGACGACGACGACGAACCUAAGGAGGAGACCCUGGCCACCUACGAGGUCACGUUACGUGCUAGUUUUGAGCUGAUCCUGCGGACUAAAUUGCGGCGCCACUUCAAGGAGUCGUCUCGGUCAGGAGACCCGGGGUGUCACGAUUGUGAUCCAAUGGUUGAUGGGUACACUUCAUUGCCUAAAAUCUCUUCUUCUCGUGUGAGAAAGUCCCCUACCCCGUUCGACCAGAAAAAGAGGCAGACCUUUAAUAGGAGAGGUACUAUCUAUGCUAUGCAUUGAAACUUGAAACCACCAUGUAUAUGGGAUUAGAAGGGACUGCGGAAUACUGACACCAACCUGUAUCCCGUAAUUACAGGAUAUACUCCGUAAGCUACGA